CUUCCCAAGAACCGGCGCCUCGUGAUGACGAAAGCCCGCUUUGAUUGGUGAGCCGGGCGCGAAGGACCGCGGCGGAAGCGAGUGGCCGGCGCGUGGAGUUAAGCUGAGUUGUGUUAAUGAAGAUGAAAUUUUGCCUCUCCAAAGUAGUUGGUGGCUGUCGUCUUGGCACGCUAACAAAUCUUGGUAGGAAAGGGAUUCAAUCUAUGGAGAUUCCAGGUUGUCUGCUUUACACCAAAAUGGGAUCAGCACCACACCUGACACAUGACAAUCUACAGUUGGUCCAAGAUGUUCCUGUAGUUAUACAGCUUCCACUUCCAGCGUUGGCAGAACUUCAUGAGGUCUUGGCGGAAUAUAAAGAAGGAACUGGAAAGUUCAUAGGCAUGCCAGAUUCAGUGCUAUACUGUUCCCUCCAUGACCCAGUAAUCUGCUCCCCACCUGGUUACAACAACUGCAAGUCAGUUUCUGUAUGGGGAAGUGGAGGGCGGAUAGAAAUGACACCAUCAAAUUUCAUGGCCAUCCAACGCGUUAUUCAGCCAGACUGGUUCCAGUGUCUAUCAGAUGGAGAUACGGUUGGAGAAGGAAUAUCUAAGAAGAGGGCCAAGAAGUCUGUGGAUCGAUCCCUGUCCUUUUUGGAUGAGUGCCUGCAGUUGCAAGAUAAAUCUCCAGAAUUGCAACAGAGCUUGAUAAUUGGAGUUGUUGAAGGUGGAGAUGUGUUGGAAGAGAGGCUCCGAUCUGCUAAAGAGACUGCCAAGAGACCGGUAGCUGGCUUCUUGCUGGAUGGCUUUCAGGGAAAUGCCAUGGCCUGGAAGACCAAGCUGGAACUCUUGUCCGCGGUUACAGCAGAGUUACCGGAAGAUAAACCCAGACUGAUUCAUGGAAUUGGCAGGCCAGAUGAGGUGCUGGACUGCAUUGAGAGAGGCGUAGAUGUUUUUGAGAGUUCUUUCCCUUACCAAGUGACAGAGCGGGGCAGUGCUUUGUCCUUCAGCUAUAAUUAUAAACCAGAUCCUGAAACAGCAGUCUUAAAAGAGAAAGGGCAAAAAGAUACGAGGAGAAAAGAGGAUGAUAAAACAGACAAUGAAACAAUCCACAGAGCUCAAGAAAUUGCUUCAUUUGAAAUAAAUUUGAAAGAAAAAAGGUACCAGGAUGACUUUGGCCCUUUAGUGAAUGGAUGCUUGUGCUACUGCUGCCAGAAUCAUAGCCGUGCCUACGUUCAUCACCUUCUUGAGACCAAAGAGUUGCUAGCUGGUGUGCUGCUUAUGAUGCAUAACUUUCAGCACUAUUUCGGUUUCUUCUGUUCUGUGCGAGAUGCUCUGAAAGAAGACCAGUUGGAUCGAUUGAGAGAGAUUGUCAGCAUGCAAGCACCUUGAGGCUAGAAAUACAUAAAUAGUACAGGGAGAAAAGAACCCAUGAAGCAACAAACUCCAUAUUUUGGCUACCAUUAAUCUCAUGUCACCUGAAGCCCAAACCUUCUGGAAUCUUUUCCCCAUUAGCCAACCAGUUAUAGCAAGGACAGCCUGAUGUUGUUGGACUACAACUUCCAGCAUCCCUACCACUGACCAUGCUGACGGGAGCUGGCAUCCCAACAACAUCCUCAAGGCACUACCUUGACUACCUCUGGGUUAAAGAAA